AUGCACACCGGCGGUAUUGACACCAUCCAGCGGGCCUUCCACCCAGCCCAGCGUCCCGGUUCCUCUAUUAUUCAACUCUGUCCAUUGACUUUGCCGAAAUCGUUUGGUUUUCCUCGCCUUAGUGAGGGGCUUCGUGUUUCCAGUGAGGACGAGACGGCCCGUCGGCACGUCUGGGCCAAGCCGGCCCGUCGGCACGUCUGGGCCAAGCCGGCCCGUCGGCACGUCUGGGCCAAGCCGGCCCGUCGGCACGUCUGGGCCAAGCCGGCCCGUCGGCACGUCUGGGCCAAGCCGGCCCGUCGGCACGUCUGGGCCAAGCCGGCCCGUCGGCACGUCUGGGCCAAGCCGGCCCGUCGGCACGUCUGGGCCAAGCCGGCCCGUCGGCACGUCUGGGCCAAGCCGGCCCGUCGGCACGUCUGGGCCAAGCCGGCCCGUCGGCACGUCUGGGCCAAGCCGGCCCGUCGGCACGUCUGGGCCAAGCCGGCCCGUCGGCACGUCUGGGCCAAGCCGGCCCGUCGGCACGUCUGGGCCAAGCCGGCCCGUCGGCACGUCUGGGCCAAGCCGGCCCGUCGGCACGUCUGGCCAAGCCGGCCCGUCGGCACGUCUGGGCCAAGCCGGCCCGUCGGCACGUCUGGCCAAGCCGGCCCGUCGGCACGUCUGGGCCAAGCCGGCCCGUCGGCACGUCUGGGCCAAGCCGGCCCGUCGGCACGUCUGGGCCAAGCCGGCCCGUCGGCACGUCUGGGCCAAGCCGGCCCGUCGGCACGUCUGGGCCAAGCCGGCCCGUCGGCACGUCUGGGCCAAGCCGGCCCAUCAGAGCUCAUUUAA